GCCAAAAACUUGCAAGACACGACUCGACUGUAUGACUUUUUGGGCUAUUUUAACGACAGCUUAACAUAAACACAACUGAAAUCCGGAACUUUUAAGAGGUACGAAUAUUUCUGACACGUCUAUGCGCUGAGGGUGAUGAUCAUAUGAGAGGUUGUCCUAAAUGGCUAAAAGUGAGACAGAGGAGAUGAUAGAAAUAGAGCUUGAUGACCGGGAGAAACAAACUUGUUUGGAGGAGGGAGUUGAAGAGCAGACCAUCACUGCAUCUGAUUUGAUUCAACAAGAUAUAGACAUCAAUGAGCCUAUUGGCAACUUGAAGAAACUUUUGGAGCCUCGUGUCCAAAUCUCACUGGAUACAUUUGAGAUAUGCCUGCAAGAUAUUCAGCUCCACCCGGAUCACAGCCUUUUCGAUCAGGGAGUAAAGACAGAUGGCACCGUGCAGCUGAGCCUGCAGAUUAUAGCCAGACCAGGAGAGGAGAAGCUGAACAUCUUAGAGAUCGUGAAGCCAGUAGAAACAGUAGAAGUGGUGAUCGAUCCAGAUGCAGCAGGAGAGGAAGGAACGUUGGUGGAGGAGGGACAGCUCAUUGCCGUAGAGCGGUCUUCGCUGUCCGAUGAGACCUCAGAGCAGGUUACCCGGUGGGCCGCCGCACUCGAAGGCUACCGCAAAGAGCAGGUCCGCCUCGGGAUACCAUACGACCCCAUGCUGUGGUCGGCUGAUCAGGUGAUCCACUGGGCUGUGUGGGUAAUGAAGGAGUUCAACAUUGAUGAGAUGGAAAUCGGCAGCAUCCACAUCCCGGGCCGAGACCUCUGCAGUUUCAGCCAAGAAGAGUUCCUUCAGAAAGUUCCCAAUGGAGAGAUACUCUGGAGUCACCUGGAACUCCUACGCAAAUGCCCACUGACGCACCACAGCAGCCCUCAGAAAGUUCCCAAUGGAGAGAAUCCUUGGAGUCACCAGGAACUCCUACACAAAUAUGUUCUGGCAAGUCAAGACCAGUCUGGAGGAGACGCUACCGUUACUAUAGAUCAACCGGUGCAGAUAAUUCCUGCUCAGGUGAGCACCCCUACUGCUAUAAAGGUCCUGAAGCAGAACCGAGGCCCCAGAACGCCCCGUAUAUCCGGAGAAGAGCGCAGUUCACCAGGCAACCGUACAGGUAACAAUGGCCAGAUCCAGCUUUGGCAGUUCCUGCUGGAGCUGCUGACGGACAAAGAUUCAAGAGACUGCAUCUCCUGGGUGGGAGAGGAGGGAGAGUUCAAACUCAACCAGCCCGAGCUCGUGGCGCAGAAAUGGGGCCAGCGCAAGAACAAACCCACGAUGAACUACGAGAAGCUCAGCCGAGCCCUAAGGUAUUACUACGACGGGGACAUGAUCAGCAAGGUGCAGGGCAAGCGCUUCGUCUACAAGUUUGUGUGCGACCUGAGGACUCUGAUCGGCUACAGCGCCGCUGAGCUCAACUGUCUGGUCACCGAGUGUGAGCAGAAGAAACUGGCUCGCAUGCAGAUGCACGGUAUCGGGCAGCCCAUCACUACAGUAACCCUGGCAACCACCACACUGGACAAGGACAGCUGAAGGAGCUCACACACACACACACACACACACACACACACGGCUCCUCAGCUUCAACGGGCAAAAGUGGGACUUCCACCGCUGACUGGAAAACGUGUCCUCGAGGCACGAAGAAGACGCAAGGCUGAUCCCCGAUCGUUCUGGAUUAACAACUCUGUUCUUGUAUUUACAGUUUAAAUCAGCUUAGACUGAAGCAGUGAACAUUUUCUAUCGCUUUUUUUUUCUUCUUUCUUUCCAGGAGGGAGAUUGUGAUUACUGAUUGUUGUGUGCAUGACUGAAUGAGUGUGAAUGAAACCCAAUUAAGAGCUUGGUGUUGUGCGUUACUUGUAUGUAGUUCAGCAUAAAUUCCACUGUAUAUACUGAUACCACGUUUUUGAUAGCCGCGAGGGCAAGUGUAUUUUCAUAUUUUCCAUUUAUAGAGGACCCAUUUUGUAUUUUAUUUAGUGGUUUUUUCCCUAAAUUGUUGGGCCCUUUUCGUCCACUAGGGGGAAAUAAAGUGACAAGCAUUUUCAUAAAAGCUUUGCAAAAAUCA